AUGCGCAGGUCAAGCGUAUCCUCCAGUCAAGUGUUGGAGCAUAUGCAACCGAACAAUAGUUUUGUAGCUUCGCAACACGACUUUAGCAGCCCAGACAGAAUACGAAGAUAUGACGAAAAUGAGGACUCGCGUGCCUCAAGGACAGAUGCCAGUAUAGACAACAAUACAUCAAAUGUCAGCAUCCAUAAUGAAGCAACUAUAACAGAUGCUGAUUAUUUGGCAGCAAAGUUUGCUGCAAACAGCUCAGGAACCCCGCGCAAAGUGGAUUCUCCGAUGGACAGUGGAGACUACAGCUAUGAAGAGGAACGGCCCAUGUAUAACAAGAUAUCACCCAAACUGAGUAAAGUAUCAAAGUAUUUCAAGAGCAAGAGGUCCCCGGGUAAAAGUCUACUGGAUAAAUAUAAACACCUGGCGGAUGAUGAUGAUGAUGAAGACGAAGGUAUUUCAAAAGAAAUAAGUAAUCGAACUACUCAAAACUCGAACAAUGAUCCCAACUACCCAGUGAAGGAACGAUCACCAGGUAAGAACCUAUUACACAAGAUCAAACACGAUGAGGAGAUUGAUGAUGAAGAGGUGCAAAAAGGAGAUAAUACGAAUGGGCUUGGUAUGUCCUCACCAUUGAAAAGUGUCAAACGCCGUAAAACGGAAGAAGUGAAUCAGAUUUCCCACCUUUUCAGUGACGAUGCCUCUUAUCAAGAUAUUUUUAACUCAAGAGACCGCGGAAACAACCUUCUUGAAAAUCCAUAUCCUGGGAAAGGAAUAGUGCUGUCAGAUAAUGUCAACAUCCAGGUAGCAAACUCCCAAGUCCAAGCAAGUCCCGAUCCCGUGCGAUGUGAAAAUCCAUUAUUGGAGAAGUCGUCACCGAUGAAAAGUGCAAUUAGUAGGGAACCAUUGCAAGAGAACGACGAUAUUUCACAAAAUGGAGGUAGUGAUUUUGAAACCCAGUAUAUUAUUCAGUCCGAGGGUCCCAUCAGCUCCAAUAGUCACGGAAACGAUAGAUCACAAAGUCAGCGCGAUGGUAAGGAUGAAUCAACUGAACAGAAUGCUGAUAACGGUAAUGAUUCCAACAUCGUGGCCUCAGUUCCUUACGAAGAGGAAAAUCUUGACACAUCAAAUAACGCUAAGAACCGUUUGGAGAUUUUAGAUGAAAACGAUUAUGAUACACAUGGUAUGGAUUUGACUCACUUUUCAGAAAAUGCUGAUACGACUAUUCUACCUAAGGGUGCCAUGACACAACUCCUCUGUCCAAAUGAUCGGAUUGUACACAAAAAUGAUACGCAAACGCUGAAUUAUGGUAGUUCGAACACAACACAAUUGGUGCCUGCAACUGAAACACAACCAUCCAAUACAACUGAUUUGUUGUGCAAUGCGAAUGAAACUCAGAGGACACAGGAGAGUACUGGUGUUUUAGCAAAGGAAGAGGAUAGGAACUUUGUAGAGGAUAUGAAUCCCGAAUUUGCUCAUGAAAUGCCUAUAUCUAAUGAUGAACAAAUGUUCAAAUCUGAGUCAGGGGUGGAGCAAAAUAAACUCUCUCAGGAUCUAAGCAUUUCGAAACCGGUAUUGGUGACACAACUCCUCAAUUCUCAACGAAGAUAUAUUUCAAAAUUUAACCAUGAAAUAUUAUUAGAUGCUAAUUGCAGCCUUCAAGAGACACAAAUGGUACCUCUUAGUUCCCUAGAAAAUGAACAUGAGAUUUCCUUAAUACAACCAACCCCUGAUGGCGCUUUUUCUGUGGAUGCUCCCCAACUGGACUUACCAAGAAAAUUAACAGACGUGAUUAGUGUAGACACUACAAAGUCACAACAUACCACGGAUGCACCAGAGGAAGAAAGAGAGCCUGAAAAAAAUAUGUCGAAAAAACUAGAAGCACAGCCAUUGGAAUACAUUGUGAAAAACUACCAAUCAUCAUCAUCCUCAUCCCAAAGGGAGACAGACCCCGAUGAUACAGGAAGCUCACCAUCCUCUUCCCCAAAACAGACUGAUCCAGAUGAUAACAAGAGUUUGACAUCUACAGACAACCAGCACAUCGAUGAAAUGCUAAAGGAAACUGUAGUUCUCAAGGUUUCUAAUAAACCCAAUACGUCGGAUGGUGAUCAGGAGGAGGGAAAUUUGAAAAAAAGCACAUCCUCAAUAAUAAUGAGCGAAGGAGAUGUCACACAAGAACUACCUGAAAUGGAAGAUGAAAAUGAGGUUGCGGAUGAGCUUGAGGAUGACGACCAAUGCAGGAAAAACACUUCAUCCGGUAACUUAAGCAUUAACGAGGCAACAAAAACGAACGUCGACAUGGAUGAUUCCGACAUAAUUAUUACGAGGAGGAGACCUCAUAGGGAGACUUUUGAUUCUUUAGAGUUAACUCAAGGCGAAGAAAAUGGAGAGGCAACUUUGAUACCCAUUGAACAAACGACCACUCCAGCUGAACCCGAAGGAACCAUUAGGACGGUAGAUGAAAGGUACCUUAAUUUAAAUGAUAUCAAGUUCAAAAAUUCUAUUUGGUGCCAAUAUAAGCUGGAUAUGAAAUACUAUCCUGCAAUAUUAUUAAAGAUUGAGAAAGAGAAUAACGAAUGCAAAGUCCGAUUUAGUGACAGAGACGAUUAUUACAAGAUAGAUGAUGUUCAUCCAUUAGAUAUCAGAAUCAAUGAUACAGUGAAUUUUUUAGGACAUCCGUAUGUAGUGGUUGGAUUAGAAGCCAAAAAUAAAGAAGAGGAUACGAUCAGGUGUAUACGGGGCUAUGACACUUUGCAUCUUAAAAAGAAAACACUAGCUGGGACAUUAGUGGGAGAAACUGUUAUUACACCCCUGUCAUCUAUCCACAUAGAGUUAGAGGAGUGGUACAAGAGGGCUAAAAUUAACCCCACCGCUGAUACCGAUGAUAAUAAUACAGGGCAUGAAGACCUGAAACAUCCCAUCCGCGGAAGAGGAAAACGCCGAAUAAUAUCUACACAAAAUUUAAAGAGAAAUGGUAGGCAUCCCAACUAUGAGGAGAUAGAUUCUGAAGAUAGCGAUUCUUACCUCACGCAACCUGACGCAAAGGGAGACGAACAAGGUACGCCCUCUAUACAUUAUUCUAUUAGUGCAGUUCCAAAACAGGCAAAAAUAGAUCAAUCGAACACACCAACGCCCAGUGAAAAAGAACAGAACACUUCUCAUAACAUUUUUGAUGAAUGUCUCUUUGUGAUCACCGGAAUCACCGGUGGUAAGAAAGCAGAGAUUGCGUCUGAAAUUGAAAAAGAAGGUGGUGUAGUCUUGGAGUCUGGGUUUGCUGAUUUACUUGGUUUCUCUAAGUUGAUUGAUGAAGAGCAUAAUUCAAAUCGGCGUUCUUUGACCUUAAGCCAAUCGAGUGCCACUGGACAAAAAUUCAAAUUUGCCUGUUUAUUAAGUGAUCAAUACAGGCGAAGCACUAAAUACCUGGAAACACUUGCUCUUGGCUGGCCCACCUUGCAUUUUGACUUCCUCAAUGCGUGCUGCAAUGCAGGGAAAAUGGAGGAUAGGUUUAUUCUCCAAUACCUUUUGCCCUCAGGGGAAAGUACUAGGUUGCAUUCAGGGGACAAUUCAAAACGUUCUGUGGUGAAAUCAAAUAACAUUGUCACCUUUUAUAACCGGUAUCUCAACAGGGUGACAUUGAACAACCAACUGGAUGCCAUGAACUACAUUUUAACGGACUAUGAAAUCAUAAUCUGUGGCAGAACGCAGUUAACGGUAUUCAUGAAAUUUGUGACCAGGUGUUUGGGAGCAGAGACCGUAUAUCAAAUGGAUAACAUACUAUCCAAGGAUGUCAUGUCUUCGCUUGCUGAUAUAUUUGAAAAGUCACAAAGACAGGGCACUAAACUUAUAAUACUUUUAAACGAAGCAAUAGAGUGUCCUGCCGAUAUGUUAAAGAAAACGAGGAAUAUGGUGCAUGAGAAAUAUUCUUAUUAUAACGUCUCUUUCUACGUCGAAACAAAGGAGUGGUUGAUACAAACUCUUAUAAAUGGGGAUGCAGGCUUUACUGAAUGA